GUUGCUUCUCUUACUGCAGCAAUCUUCCAGAGCGAUUGUCUCAGGUUAUUCUAAACUUUGCUGCUCUAGCCGCUUGCUUUUACCCGGGGUCAUUAUUUGCUUAUAUUAGAGAGCCUCGGACCAUGGGAACGCAUUCUCAAAAGUUCCACCCAUCACUGCAUCUAAGUGUCUGCCAGCUCAUCUCAAAGCCUUGGAGAAGCUAUGUGGCGUUCUGGGAAUAUACGUCUUCAAACGGAAUCUGACGCGUUUUGAAACCACUACACCUCUGUGGAGAGGUGGCUCGUCUCCAUCGUCUCCACUGACACUAUAGUCGUCCAUAAUACGCUGUGAUACUCAUGGCUAGGAUCCCAAACCUUUCGCCCUCCCCGCUCGUCCCCAGCAUUUUUCUUUAGGCAAUGGCAAUUCCAGCAGAGUGCCCAAACUGCAAUCAGACAAACUCAAAUAAUCAGCAACCUUCGAACCAUCGCAAUUCGUCCCCAAAUCUCGGGGUGAUAACAGGUGUUUUAGGCGGAUUGGCUCUUAUUGCGAUACUUGUCUUUGUGAUUGUCCCGCUCGUACGACGCAGGAAGGGGCGACAGGCGCGAAAGGUGGGGGACGUCGAGAGUUCGCCCACCAGCGAGCGCAGACCCACUCUGUUCUCAUACAUUUCUCGCGGUCCUUCAUCUCUUCGCCAUCACAGAAAGACUACCUCCGGUCCGGAUCAAUUGUUGCCCUUACUGCCGCCGCUCUCGACCUUCACAUGGUCGGAUCUGCGCUCUCAAAAUACCAGCGUGGACAGCAAGGCUUCUUUGGAUGAUGAAGAUGGGAUGGAGAAGGUCGAAAUAUACUCCUUUCCAACAGACAAUGCCACCACGUCUCACCAAAGCAGAAGUGGCUGGGCACAAGGAGGUCGCUCCGUGAAAACCGGAGAGCGCCCUGCUCGCAGCGCCUGGUCAGCUCACGUAUCAGCCUCAGGUUUGCCAUCUCCCCAACGGAGUCCUACUCCCCCAGGACUGCCGUCCGAGUCAUCCCUUCCUGCUGACCAGGAUAAAUCCGCUCAAGCACCUUCCGCUUCCGCUAAGCCAAAUACAUCCCUUGUUCUAUCCCCAAGACCCUUACCCUUCGUAGAAGCUUUCACCCUGACCGUUUCUGGUAUAGAACCUCUAAUGGAACAUCCUGUCAAGACAAAUAAGAGGUCAUCGCGACCGGCCUCCAUCCAACUUCCCUCUCCACCUGCUUCUCCACCAGUCUCACAGUCGUCCCAACCUGGCUCUUUUUCUCGAUCCCGAUCGGUUCGAUCUCAAUCGAAUGCGACACUACCGCAGUCGGACGUGCGGUUCAAUAGGUUCCGUCCGCCACUCUCGAGUAACCAAUCUGCACCGACAUCGCUCCCGUUCAGGCCUCCGACUAGCAGCCACUCCUCAUCGUUGCCGUACUCCCCUUCUCCCGUUGUACCAGCCACUCCAGGGCAAUCUACAACUCAAUCACCGCCACUGACCGGCGCAUUCCGCAACGACUUGUUGCGUUCAGGAUCCUCAUCUUCCGGUGCUGGUAAUGAUAGUCCUUCACGCUAUCCUGCGGUGACACCUAGUGACAGCACUCUACCCACUUCGAUCUCUCGUAGACGGUCGGGAAGCACUGCAUCGGAAAGACCUCCUCCACGUGUACCACUUGAGUCGAGGUUAAGGCCCUCGGACAUGUUCAGACGUGCUAGUCUGUCUGCCAACGCACCUGUAAUUCCCGGACAGCGGUCGUUGACAUCUGAUGCCAGUUCCGUGAUGAGCUUGCCAAUCGGAGGUGGAGAUGGCGCUCCAGAACCAUCGGCGUCACGAGCAUACCUCCGUAUGUCGGGUUCACAUCAUACCACACCUCAGUAUGAAACGACAUCUACGUCUUACGGCGGUCAGGGUGGUUCCCUGCCCUACUUUGAUCCUACGACUCAGAGGGACCAGUCGUAUAAUAUUCAACCUUCCUCCUCUUCGCAUACCAAUUAUAAUCAAACUUACACUUCCACUUCAGGAAGUAGCAAUCCUGGCAUUCGCCCUCUACCCAUACCUCCAGUCAUCCCUUCUUCCUCAUCCUCGUCCUCAUCCUCUGCACAUCCUCUUCCACAAUCCAUUCUUACCCGAGACAACUCUCAAACCCGCAAAAUGAACUCAAAAUCUGCACAACCCAAUCUAGUCAAACGAAAAGACAGUUCAGCACUCCGUCCUCUCCCUACGUCGCCCUUCCUCCACUCCCCACCUACGAGUCCACCUCUGCGUCCCGUCGUACCGAGUACGAGGAGUCGUGGAGGAAGCAUAAGCAGUCUCAAUGUGAUGAAUCCUCAUCCGUACUCCAAUAGGAGUCGUGCAGGGAGCGUUGUCACGUUGGGUGAACCGCGUUUUGAGAGUGUCAAGGAGGGUGUGGAAGAUAGGUUGAGCGAGGAAGGUUCUUCGGAUGCUGAUAGUAGGAGGUCUACGAGGGCGGUCUUACCUCCUCUCAAGCCUUUACCUGCUUUGCAGUUCAGCGAGUUUGCCCCGGGAAAGUGAUAGGUGCUCGAAACAUCCUCAAGUCAUUGAUAUUGCAAUCAUUGGACGCAUGACUCUGCAUUCAUACGAUCAUCUUUGUUCCAAAGUACAUGCCCUGCAUUUUCUUGUUAUUGCGUAUUCAACACUUCAUCGUCCUUCAUCCUUUAUCCUUUAUCUUUCAUGGUCUGUUCGGUGUCUCGAUGGCUGUAUCAUUUUAUUGUAUUUUUUGGUCCCGUGAAUCCUCAUCUAUGUAUCACCUCCAGACAUGGUUGUACAACUCGCACUUUUAGAGCUUCAAUUCUUGUAUUCCUUCCUUAUAGCCUUUUGUAUUAUGUCUACGUCGCAUUGUUCCUUACGUCUUCCCAAAAGUAUGCCACUAUAUAUUUGCUGCGGACUACUUGUUCAUUGUCAGUGAAGAGACUUGUUUUCCAGAGGAUCAACAAGGAAUGCUUCAUCUCAACUCUGGCAUCC